UAUAUCAACGGCCAAUGGAUUGAGUCGUCGUCCAAACGGUUCCCAGUGUUGAACCCCUCGUCGGGCGAAACGAUUGGUCACUCGUAUGACUGCGAUCUCAAUGAGACCAACGAUGCGAUCGUCGGCGCGAAGACUGCGUUCACUCAAUGGAGUCAAACGACAGGCAAAUAUCGAUCGCAACUCAUUCGCCGUCUCUUUGAACUUCAGAUGAGAUCAGCGCCAGAAAUGGCACAAAUCUUGACACUGGAAAUGGGAAAGCCGUUGAAAGAAGCGAUGGGAGAGAUCUCAUACGGCGCCUCAUUCUUGGAGUGGUUCUCGGAAGAGGCCAAACGCAUUGAAGGCCGCCUAUUGGAGAGCCCGUGGGAGAAGAAGAUGAUUAUGUACUCGAAAGAGCCCAUCGGUGUCGUCGCUAUCAUAACACCCGUUCGUAACACACUUUCGGAUAUAUUUUGCAAUUGGAAUUUCCCGAACGCUAUGAUUACGCGUAAAUUGGGAGCCGUUUUGGCCGCCGGUUGUACUGCAGUCAUACGACCCGCAGAGGACACGCCCUUCUCG